GGCGGGCCAACCGCCGAGCCGACCCCGACUCCGGGAAGGGCCCCCCGCCCCGAACAGAGCCGAGCCGAUGCCCAGAGGAAGGCCUGUUUGCGGGCCUGCCUGGUGAGCCGGCAAGUAGAAGGAAGCUCUGGGGGCAGAAUCCCGAGGAGAAUUUUCAGGGAGGUGAAGGAACAACGGUGAGCAGCUGUGCUGACCGCCAUGGACCCGGACUGCUAUGCCAGCAUGCAGGUGGGCAUGCGUGUGGUGCGAGGGGUAGACUGGAAAUGGGGCAACCAGGACAACGGCGAAGGGAACGUCGGCACCGUGGUGGAGAUCGGCCGGCAGGGCAGCCCUACGACGCCUGACCGAACGGUGGUGGUCCAGUGGGAUCAGGGCACCCGGACUAAUUACCGGACUGGCUUCCAGGGCGCCUAUGACCUUCUCCUCUAUGACAAUGCCCAGAUAGGUGUCCGCCAUCCCAACAUCAUCUGCGACUGCUGUAAGAAGCACGGGCUGAGGGGCAUGCGCUGGAAAUGCAAGAUCUGCUUCGACUACGACCUCUGCACCCAGUGCUACAUGAACAACAAGCAUGACCUGUCGCACGCCUUCGAACGCUACGAGACCGCACACUCGCGCCCAGUCCCUGUGAGUGCCCGCCACAGCCUGCCUCGAAUCACACUGUGGGGCAUCUUCCAAGGCGCCAAGGUCCUGCGGGGCCCAGACUGGGAAUGGGGCAAUCAGGAUGGGGGCGAGGGGAAGGUGGGUCGCGUGAUGGACAUCCGUGGAUGGGAUGUGGAGACAGGCCGCAGCGUGGCCAGCGUGACCUGGGCCGAUGGCACCACCAACGUCUAUCGCGUGGGGCACAAGGGCAAGGUGGACCUCAAGUGUGUGGUGGAGGCGCCAGGAGGCUUCUAUUACAAAGAACACCUCCCAAGGCUAGGCAAGCCUGCUGAGCUGCAGCGGAAGGUGAGCGCUGAGAGCCCGCCCUUCCAGCAUGGAGACAAGGUCAAGUGUCUGCUGGGCAUGGAUAUCCUCCGUGAGAUGCAAGAGGGCCACGGAGGCUGGAACCCCAAGAUGGCCGAGUUCAUCGGUCAGACUGGAACAGUCCACCGCAUCACUGACCGCGGCGACGUACGGGUCCAAUUCAGUAGCGACGCCCGCUGGACUUUCCAUCCAGGUGCCCUGACCAAGCACAACACAUUUUGGGUUGGUGAUGUGGUCCGGGUCAUUGAGGAUCUGGAAGCGGUGAAGCGACUGCAGGCCGGCCAUGGCGAGUGGACGGAUGACAUGGCCCUGGCCCUGGGGCACAUUGGGAAAGUGAUGAAGGUUUUUGGGGACGGAGACUUGAGGGUGUCUGUCGGUGGUCAGUCUUGGACUUUCAACCCCGCCUGCCUGACGGCAUACCACCUGGAGGCGGACGCCAACCUGAAUGUGGCAGAGAGCACCAAGGAGCCGAAGAGCUCCCUGGGCUCUGUCCUGGAGAAGCUGCUUACCCAGAAGAGUGACCCUGAGCAGCCGGGGAGGCUGGUGACCGAGGUGGCUCACGGCAACGUCGCCAGGGUGCUGGAGCUGCUGAAGAGGCAUCCAGACAAGGUGGAUGUCAGAAACCAAGGUCGCACGGCCCUCCAGGUGGCUGCCCACCUGGGCCAGGUGGAGCUGCUGCGGCUGCUGCUGCAGGCCCACGCGGGCGUAGACGUGCGGGAUGACGAGGGAGACACCGCGCUGCACUACGCGGCCUUUGGGAACCAGGCUGAGGUGGCCCGGGUGCUGCUGAGCCAGGGGGCGAAUGCCAACCUGAUCAAUAAUGCCAAGUGCACUGCCCUGCACUUGGCUGUCCACAUGGGCUUCCUGGAGGUGGCGCGUGUCCUGUGUGAGCAGGGCUGUGAUGUCAAUAUUCCUGACAUGUAUGGAGACACCCCCUUGCACUGUGCCAUCUCAGCAGAUGCCAAGGGCAUCAUUGAGAUCCUCACUGAGGUGCCCACUAUUGACUUCACUGCCUCCAAUUGCCAAGGCUUCAACCUUCUCCACUACGCAGCGCUCAAAGGCAACGUGCUAGCCGUCAGGAGAAUCCUGGCCCGGGCCCGGCAGCUAGUAGAUACCAAAAAGGAUGAUGGCUUCACGGCCCUCCACCUUGCGGCCCUCAAUAACCACCGGGAGGUGGCGGAGAUCCUCAUCAAAGAGGGCCGCUGUGACGUGAACAUCCGUAACAACCGCCACCAGCUGCCGCUGCACCUGGCGGUGACCCAGGCCCACGUGGCACUGCUGCUCCUGCUGGUGAGCGCCGGCAGUGACAUCAACGCCGAGGACGAGGCCGGGGACACCGCCAUGCACAUUGCCCUGGAGAAACACCAGCUGCUGGCACCUCUGGCCGAGGCCACCGGUGCUGGUGAAGGGGCCUCGCUCUUCUCCAGGCUCCAGGCCUCCAGCUUCCUGGGCAGCACAGAGCUGACCGUGGGCAUCGCCAUUGCCUGCUUCCUGGCCCAAGAGGGCGCAGACGUGAACUAUGCCAACCACCGGGGCAAGUGCCCCCUGGACGUGGUCACGGAUGGACGGGGGGCCCAGGCCAUUCGCAGCUUUGCCCAGAGGUUCAGGGAGCAGCAGGGCUCUCUGGGCAGCGCGGGGAGGAGCUGCGGGCUUCGGAGGAUGCACAGCACGCCCAACACCAUGACCAACCUGAGCGUGGGCGGGGCGGGCUGCGGCGGGCCCGGGGCCGGGCCUUCUGAGUGCCUAGUCUGCUCGGACCUGGCCCUGCUGGUGCUCUUCCAGCCCUGCCAGCACAGCAUCGUGUGCGAAGAGUGCUCCCGCAGGAUGAAAAAAUGCAUCCGCUGCCAAGUGACGAUCAGCAAGAAGCUUAGGCAAGACAGCACGGAGGUGGAAAGCAGCCUGUCGGGGCUGGAGUGCGCGGGCCAGCGCCAGCUGAUGGAGGAGCUGCAGAGCCGCUAUCGGCAGAUGGAGGAGCGCAUCACCUGCCCCAUCUGCAUCGACAGCCACAUCCGCCUGGUGUUCCAGUGUGGCCACGGCUCCUGCCUUGAGUGCAGCGCGGCGCUCCGCGUCUGCCCCAUCUGCCGCCAGGCCAUCCGAGACCGCAUCCAGAUCUUUGUCUGAGAGCCGCGUGAGGACUCGGGCGGAGGCCGCCCGACCCGGCGAG